AUCAAGGAAACAGACAAUUCGACUCCUUCAAUACUUCACCUCAAGCUUAUUUCCUUCCAUUUAUCAACUUGAGCAAGCUUUCUUCCUUUCAUCAAUUAUCCAAGAACAAGUCAGGUUGUCUUUUACAAUGGAGUACGUGGAAGCAGUGCUAACAAGCAUUGGGCUAUUGAAGGAUAUGUGGCCCUCCAUUUCUAAGUGCUUCAACUAUCACAAAAUUCUUGAUAAGAAUUGCAAAACUCUCAAAGAGAAAAUGGAGAGAUUGAAGAGUCGUGAACAAGAUGUCAAAAUUGAAUUACAAAAUGCACAAUAUCAGCGAAAGAAAGAAAAAAAAGAAGUUGAAAAUUGGUUGAAAGAAGUGCAAAAUAUGAAAGAUGAUCUGGAAAGGAUGGAGCAAGAAGUUGGAAAGGGAAGAAUUUUCUCAAGAUUGGGGUUUCUAAGGCAGUCUGAAGAGCAUAUAGAAAAAAUAGAUGAGCUACUUGAACGCGGUAGAUUUCCUGAAGGGAUUUUGAUUGAUGUACUUCGAGAUGAAGGAAGGGCAUUGUUAACAACACAACUAAUAGGUGAAACUACAACCAAAAGAAAUUUGGAGAAGAUUUGGACAUGCUUAGAGAAAGAUGAAAUCCAAAGCAUUGGAGUUUGGGGAAUGGGGGGGAUCGGCAAAACAACUAUUGUUACUCAUAUUCACAAUCUCCUUUUGGAAAAAAAAGAUACUUUCGGCCUUGUCUAUUGGGUGACUGUAUCAAAAGAUUCAAGCAUUCGCAAGUUACAAGAUGUUAUUGCUGAGAAAAUAAAUUUAGAUUUAUCAAAAGAAGAAGAUGAAAGGUUAAGAUCUGCUUUAUUAUUUGAAGCACUGCAGAAAGAAAAGAAAUUUGUUCUUAUAUUUGAUGAUGUAUGGGAGGUUUAUCCACCACGAGAGGUUGGGAUUCCAAUUGGAGUUGAUGGAGGAAAACUCAUAAUAACCACCAGAUCAAGGGAAGUGUGCUUAAAAAUGGGGUGCAAAGAAAUCAUCAAAGUGGAGCCUCUUUAUGAGGAAGAAGCGUGGGAGCUUUUCAACAAAACACUUGAACGAUACAAUGCACUUAGCCAAAAAGAAGAAAAAAUAGCCAAGGAUAUUGUCAAGGAAUGUGCGGGUUUACCUCUUGCCAUCGUCACAACAGCUAGAAGUAUGAGUGUUGCAUAUGACAUUGCUGAAUGGAGGAAUGCAUUGAAUGAAUUGAGGGAACAUGUUAAAGGGCACACAAUUAACAUGGAAAAUGAUGUAUUUAAAAUAUUGGAAUUCAGCUACAAUUGCUUGAAUGAUGAAAAAAUUCAAGAAUGUUUGUUGUAUUGUGCAUUGUUUCCCGAAGAUUAUAAGAUUAGAAGGGUGUUGUUGAUCAGAUAUUGGAUUGUUGAGGGACUUGUAGAAGAAAUGGGAAGUAGGCAAGCAGAGCGUGAUAGAGGGCAUGCUAUACUGAACAAACUUGAAAAUGUGUGUUUGUUGGAAAAAUGUGAGAAUGGAAAAUGUGUAAAGAUGCAUGAUGUGAUCAGGGACAUGGCCAUCAACAUAACAAGAAAGAAUUCUCGAUUCAUGGUGAAAACUGGAAGAAAUCUGGAAGAUUUGCCAAGCGAGAUAGAAUGGUCAAAUAAUGUAGAAAGAGUUUCAUUAAUGGAUAGCCAUCUUUCAACUUUGAUAUUUGUACCAAAUUGCCCUAAGCUUUCCACCUUUUUUCUUUAA